UUAUUUUGACGGCCUAAGAACCAUGGGUUAACUUUUCCUAGGGGCAGAACGGGAGAUUUUUUUACCUUGUCAGCAACCUUUUGAUUACUAGUCUAACGCUCUAAACCCUCGACUACCUGCCGCCCCACUAGCCAUAUUGCCGCAAUCAAGUGCUAGUCGAUACUAGGAAACUCCGAAAUGUUCGACUUGCUAACUGGUUGUAGUUAUUCACGUUGCCGCGUUCAACAAAUGAGCAAAUCGAAAUUUUCGAGUUUCCUCGUUCCGACUAGCACGUGAACAUAACCCCUCUGCCCUUUCUCGCUCCACUCUCCCACCCCAUGCUUAUGCUCCAGCUGCUAGCGCCGCUGCCUGCUGGUGUCUGUAGCUGACUCCCCUCACUGGCACACAUAUUCAAUGUACAGGUAGCUUAGACCAUGACAGGCAUCGCCGCUGCCUCCUUCUUCUCUAACAUUUGUAGGUUCGGUGGUUGCGGACUCCACUUCGAAUCGUUGGCCGAACUCAUCGUGCACAUUGAGGAUAACCACAUCGCUCCACAGCUGAAUGUGACGGCUCCACAGCUGAAUGUGACGGCUCCGCAGCUGAAUGUGACGGCUCCGCAGCUGAAUGUGACGGCUCCGCAGCUGAAUGUGACGGCUCCGCAGCUGAAUGUGACGGCUCCGCAGCUGAAUGUGACGGCUCCGCAGCUGAAUAUGGGUCGUAGAAGAGUCGACUUGAGUAACUGGGAUAUGUGUUUGUUUUUCCCUACUUAACAACAUAGGCCUAGUUGAAUGUACUGUCUGUAAGUCACUCUGGAUAAGAGUGUCUGAUUAACACUUUCGCCUACUCUGAAUGAACAUAAAGGCAAGCGUUAAGAGACCUGUAGCCUAGCCUAUAGGAUUUAUUAGAGGACGGAGCGAAUCAUGGCAGUGAAGGUUUCCUACUGAGACUGGUGGUGCAUCUGUCAGCCAUUACCCCAGCACGGCUUUGACGUGUGUGUGUGUGAACUGUGUGUGUGUGUGUGAACACCGUGUGUGUGUGAACACUGUGUGUGUGCGUGCGUGUUUGCAUGCGUUCAUGAGUGUGUUAGAAGGAGCGUUGUACUCUUGCCGCUAUGUCCAUCCACACAGCCCAACUCCUCUGACCAGACCCACUGUCUACUUUCACCAUUCUGCACACACAGGCCGCAGGACCUCAGAUGGGAAGAUGGGGCGAAGACACAGAUCCUCGUCAGUUGGAGAAGCAGGAGCAGCAGCAGCCCACCUAUGUUGCCCUCAGCUACAUCAACAGGUUUAUGACAGAGGCAGCGCGUCGGGAGCAGCCUGAGAGGCUGACGAGGAAGGUGCACCCCAAGCUGUCUCAGUCUCUGACAGGCAGUCUGCCUCGUAGCAGUGACGUCUCCACUCCUCCCAGACGCAGCAGUGGGAACCUCACCCCUCCUGUCACACCCUCCUCCUUCCGUAGCAGCACUCCUACAGGCAGUGAGUAUGAUGAAGAGGAGGUGGACUAUGAGGAGUCAGACAGUGGUGAGUCCUGGACCACAGAGAGUGCCAUCAGCUCAGAGUCUAUCCUCAGCUCCAUGUGUAUGAACGGAGGAGAGGAGAAACCCUUCGCCUGCUCUGUGCCUGGCUGCAAGAAGAGAUACAAGAAUGUGAACGGGAUCAAGUACCACGCCAAGAACGGCCACCGGACACAGAUCCACAUCCGCAAGCCCUUCAAGUGCCGCUGUGGGAAGAGCUACAAGACGUCCCAGGGCCUGAGGCACCACACCAUCAACUUCCACCCGCCAAUCUCCACCCACACCCUCCCGCCAGUCUCCACCCACACCCUCCCGCCAGUCUCCACCCACACCCACCCGCCAGUCUCCACCCACAUCCACCCGCCAGUCUCCACCCACAUCCACAAGAUGCAGCAGUAGCACCGUCCCCACAGAAAUAGAAUCCCUUGAACAUCAUCCUGUUCUAGUGAUUCUGUUUCUAUGGACCCAGUACACUACUCUUUUAUUGCAUGUUUUUAAAUGACCUUAUUUGUAUAUAUGUAUAUAUUUUAAACAUUUUUUGGAAUGUAUUUUCUUCACAGCUGUAUUCUUUUUCUCAUUUGAGCGAUCAUGUGUCUUUUUGAUCAUGUUGUUGGCACAUAGGGCUUGCUGUUAAGAUGAUGCGUUAGAAAGAGCGCGUAUUGCCACGUUCAAAACAGUUCGGAACUCUCCCACUUCAGUGCAGGGAUCUUUUCUUUUUGUGGGAAUUCCGAACGGUCAACCAACUCGGAAACUGGCAUCUUUCUAGAGCUCUGAUGUCAUGAUUUGACCUGUUUUCUCCCUGCGAGUUCCCAAUGGUCUUGACAGCACCAUGAGUCAAGGUUCACAGCCAGGCUUCUGGGCUGUUCAGUAGAGCAAAACAUGGUGGAACAGUUACAUACAGAUAUGUUGUGUACAUUGAAACCCAAUGAAUUUGACUUGAGUGUUCAGGUAAUGCUGUGUUUGAAAAGAGGCAUGAGAGUGGGGAGGCCAGGGGAGAAAGCAAGCAUCACCACCACACCAUCACAAAACCUGAAUGUUUGUCAAAGACGACGAUAUAUUCCUGAAGGAUGUAUAAACUUUCAUAAUCAGGUGUAAAAUAGUAAGCUCUUAUAUUUUUCUUGCCGUGUUCUGUUCUGAAAGUGUAUUUUUAUGAUUCACUUUGCCAGGAUUUUCACUUGUUUUGUGUUUUAGAACUAAAAGACUCGGGUGACAAUUCACCACAAGCAUUUCAGCACCACAAUCCUGCCCGUGUGUUCUGAUAGGAUGCGUCCCAAACGGUACCCUAUUCCCUAUAUAGCGCACUACUUUUGACUAGAGCCAUGUGGGUCCUGGUCAAACAAAAGUAGUGCACUAUAUAGGGAGCCAUUUGGGAAACACAAAGUAUUUUAGAGUCAGCUGUUCACUGGAAUCUUGGGAUUGGGUGUCACAGCCGUCCCAGUUAUCCAGAACCCUUCCAUUCUAGGGUGCUGAGCAGUUAUCCUCUUCGCCAAAGCCGGGUGACGCAUUUAAGCACUUUGUAGUAACCAGUUGCCAACAGAAUUAGGAUGGUUUUCGUUGCCAAUAACUCUGCUGCUACACACACCAACCUGACAUGUAGCAGUCACAGGAACUAGAGAGAGCCAGACUGGAAGUACUCAACCUUUCCAAGGAGUUUUACAUUUGUUCAGAUCUCCAGUGUUUCCCGGGGUGAGAUUAUGUAUCUGGUUGCCUUGAAUUGUAGACCACAAGAUUGAGUUCCAAUCCAGUAAGUAUCUGUGUAUAGCUUCAUAGUGACUCUUCAGGAAUGGCUAACUUGAGUUACAGUAGACAUUCUUGUCAAAAUAAGAUGGCCAGAUCUUAAUUCUGGUCUAUUGCUCCUCUUUUGUCCCUCUAGCCUCUAUAUGUAGUCUAAUGAAAGGUACUGUGUCAUACUGGUGAUCAGAGAGCAAGGGGCUAAUCAACAACCCAACCAGAACUACACGUUAAGGGUGCGUCCCAAAUGGUAGCCUAUUCCCUCUAUAGUCCAUAUGGCUCUGGUCAAAAGUAGUGCAUUAAAUAGGGAAUAGGGUGCCAUUUGGAAUGCAUUAUGUAGAUGGUCAGUGACAGUAUUAUACUGCCAGUACAUAUGGAGGGAAGUAUUUGAUAUAUUGUGUAUAGUAAAUGUAUUGUCUCAAGUGCAUUAAAUUUAUAUUUUCAUAUGUU